AUGGCUUUCUUGAAGAAGGGUUUCCCAACCCAUAUGCUUUUCCUCAUCACUCUCGUGGUGUGCUUUAUUGGCAGCGCAACUGCUGAUUUAGCCUCCUGGGACGACGUUCUUGAUGUUCGUGGUAUCGAGGACAUUGAUUAUGACACAUUCGACCUGCAGCGUCGAGAUGAAGAGAGCUAUCUCGAAGUCCGCGGUGGCAACACUCCUCCCGUCUCACCUCUGACCAGCACGCCCCCUGGCAGCCCUCGACCUGUUUCCCCUCUGUCACGACACAGCAGUACCAAGUCAAACGACCGAAAGGACGCUGGCAGUGGUAGCAAGUCAUCUGGAGGUCUCCAUCGAUCCAACGCUGUUAGGCGCAAGAAGAACACAAAGCGAUCCAACACUCCUCCUGUUUCGCCCCUGACUAGCACACCUCCCGGCAGCCCUCGACCUGUCUCUCCUCUGUCACGACACAGCAGCACCAAGUCAAAUGAUCGAAAGGAUGCCGGAAGCGGCAGCAAGGCAUCUGGAGGUCUUCAUCGAUCUAAUGCUGUUAGACGCAAGAAGACCACGAAGAGGUCCAACACUCCCCCUGUUUCGCCCCUGACCAGCACGCCCCCCGGAAGCCCUCGUCCUGUAUCGCCUCUCUCCCGCCACAGCAGCACUAAGUCGAACGACCGAAAGGAUGCCGGCAGUGGCAGCAAGUCUGGUGGUGGUGGUCUACACCGAUCUAACGCUGUUAGACGCAAGAAGAACACAAAGCGAUCAAACACUCCUCCCGUCUCACCCUUGACUAGCACGCCGCCCGGAAGCCCUCGUCCCGUCUCCCCUCUUUCCCGCCACAGCAGCACCAAGUCGAACGAUCGAAAGGACGCUGCCAGUGGUAGCAAGUCAUCUGGAGGUCUGCACCGAUCAAAUGCCGUUAGGCGUAAGGGCGGUCGCAACGGUGGAAAAUAA